CCUCUUAGUCUAAUCUGUGAUAUACAGUAACCGAAAAAAAUCAGAGAGGUAAGAAAAGCAUCAACGAUAUAACAGGCACUCAAAGUGUUCGACGAAAUUCCGCAGAGAGACUAUAGCUCUAUAAGAGAUGCCACUAGAACCGAUUCGAUUCUUGAGAACCACCGCAGGCGUAGCUGUUGGUGGGUUUGUGAUCAUAACCGCGGUUUCUUCAGCAGCGGUAGGAGCAUUGCGAUAUACAAUUGAAGAAAAACGGAAGAAAAGCGGAUUAGCUUGUCGAGCUUGUCGUGGAAAAGGGUUUUACAUAUGCAAAUUAUGCAAAGGAAACGCAACAAUAAAGUGGUCACCAUUGUAUGAUCCAGUUUGUAUCAAUCCAUGUCUUUGCCCUACUUGCGAUGGUCACAGGGUACAAAAAUGUCUCAACUGCUUAGGAAAGGAGUACCAUUAAACUUCUUAGGCUUAUGAUUUGAUCAUCUUUGUGUUAUAGAAACCUCGAAAACGGUUUGGUUUUUGUACGAUUUUUAGUGUUGAAUGCUGUGGAUUGGAGGGGAGAAUAUUGAAUUAUUGGUCCUGUUGUGUAAUAAAUUUGGUUGUGCUGAGUUCGGUAA